UGCACCACAUGUGUGGUAUCACCGCAAAUGUCAGUGGGAACUAUAAUUCUAGCAUCAUAGCUCACAAAAUUUUACAAAACCCAGAACCCUGCAUCCACUAUAUCUGGUCUCCCACAGUACACAGAACAUGCCUGAGCUAAGGGCAGAUGGAUUCCAGGAAGUAAAUUCUCCAUUAAUCAUCUGCCCUUACUUAAAGUGUUACUAAACCCAGGACCCUGCAUUCACUAUAUCUGGUCUCCCACAGUACACAGAACAUGGAAAUGCAAUUAUUUUAGUAAAUAUAAACUGCUAA